AUGGGCGACGACGGACGCGACGGACGCGCGGCGAGGCGUGGGGCGUCGCGCGCGCGCGGUGGAACGUCCGCGGCGCGACGGGCGGUGACACGGACGUCGUCGACGAAUGGAAAGCGAUCGCGCGCGACGAGGACGCGCGGCGACGAGGCCGCGGCGACGACGGGCGAUGGGUACUUUGGACUCGGACGAAAGGAUUUCCGCGCGGUGUGCCUGCUCUUGGUGCUGUACACGUUGCAAGGGGUGCCGAUGGGACUGAGCGCGAGCGUGGGAUUCAUCUUGCAGGAGCGCGGGGCGACGUACGCCGAGCAAGGGAUCUUUUCGCUCGCCUCUUGGCCGUUUUCGCUGAAAGUGUUGUGGGCGCCGAUCGUCGACGCGGUGUGGUCGCGGAAGAUGGGGCAGAGGCGGACGUGGGUGCUGCCGCUGCAGCUCGCGGUCGGGUGCACGCUGUUGGCGCUCGCGAACGCGCUCGGACGAUUGAUCAGCGAGGAAGGAAGUGAUGUACGAACGCUGACGUGGACGUUCUUUUGGUUGUAUCUGCUGUUGGCGAGUCAAGACAUCGCGGUCGACGGAUGGGCGCUGACGAUGCUGAGCGAAAAGAAUGUCGGUCUCGCCUCGACGUGUAACGCGGUGGGGCAGAUGAUUGGUUUCUUCGUGUGUUUCACGGGAUUCUUAACCCUGAACUCGUACGGGGUCGAUCUGGGGGCGUUCAUAUCUUUCUGGGGAUACGUUUUCAUCGCGUCCGCGGCGUUCGUCUACGUGACGAAGGAGACCAAGAAUGAGACCGCGAUGAGCGUUCGAGAAGCGUACUCGCAGGCUCUUUCCAUUCUGCGCUUGCCGGCGGUGCUCAAACUGAGCGCGGUGUUGCUCACGCGUUUCAUCGCGUUCAGCGCCUCUGAGACGCUGACGACGCUGAAGCUUCUAGAAAAGGGGGUGCCGAAGACGCACAUCGCCACGAUGUCGGCGCUCAUGACGCCGAUUAAUCUCGCGAUGCCGAUGCUCACCCGAAAAUGGACCGCGGGCGAGCGGCCGCUCGACGCCAUCACGAAGACGUGGGUCUGGCGCGGUGUCGCGUGCGCCUUCGCGGCCGGGCUCGUGUACUUUGCACCGAACGUAUCGGCGAUGCCGAAGGGAUCCAUUCCGUACGGAUACUACGUCGUGCUAUUUCUCUGGCUCUCCGCGUACAGCGCGUUCAGCAACGCGCACUUCAUAUCGUUCAUGGCGUUUUAUAAUCGCGUCUCCGACGCGGAUAUGGGAGGAACGUACAUGACCAUCUUGAACACCGUGAGUAACCUCGGGGCGAAGUGGAUGGAGAGCGCGUCGCUCUUCGCAAUCGAUCGCGUGAGCACCAAGGUGUGCUACGAGGAAGGGACGAGACGAGUGCUCGGCGCGUGCGCCAACUCCGCGGCGGAAAAGGCGUGCAAAGGAAAGUGCUCCAUGAACGACGAACCGUAUUACGUCGUGGUUUUACUCUCACCGGUGAUCGCCUACGCGUGGAUUCGUCUCACUCGUGAGACUAUCGACUGGCUCUCGAGUGCGAAAAAGUCAGACUGGCGCGUCGCCAAGACGUCCACGGGGAAAUCUACUUAG